CUUUAUUCUCCGCUUAAAAUUUAUCAAUUAUCCAUGACAUAUAUUCGAAAUUAAUCUAAUGAACAAUUUGCCUUCUUCUCUUUGUUCCCCUUCCCAGCCAACUCGGACCCAUUGCUGGUCAGUGAUUUACAAAUCCGGUAAAAGAAGCACCGAUAGCAUCUAAAUUUUAAGUGGCUUUUAGUUAAUUUCCAUAACAACAAUCUUGCCAACAUAUAAAGCAAAGCAAACAUGUAGACUAAAUCAGUUCGAACGAUGGAUCACCGUACACUAAUUAUACUCCUCUCCUUAAACCUCUUAACUGCUUCCGUUCCUGUGAAGCGAGGAGCCAAAGCCACUUGUAACUCUUGCCAUGCCACCGAAGAUGGAAAAAUAAACAUCCACUUGGUGCCGCAUUCGCACGACGAUGUCGGCUGGCUUAAGACGGUAGACCAAUACUAUUACGGAUCUGGAGUUGCCAACACGCAGCAAGACGCAGGUGUGCAGUAUAUAAUCGCCUCGGCUGUUGAAGCUCUGAAAAGCCAUCCGGAGCGAAGGUUUAUUCAAGUCGAGACGGCUUUCUUCUGGAAAUGGUGGCAAAACCAAAACGAUCGAGUCAAGCAGGACGUGGUUGAUUUGGUUAAUAAUGGCCAAUUGGAGAUUAUUAAUGGGGCUUGGUCCAUGAACGAUGAGGCGGCGUCUCAUUAUCACUCAACCAUAGAUCAGUACACUUGGGGCUUCCGGAUUCUGAAUGAGACUCUAGGUGAAUGUGCAAGGCCGAAAUUCGGCUGGCAAAUUGAUCCGUUUGGACACAGCAGGGAACAAGCCUCGAUUCUUGCCCAGCUUGGCUUUCAAGGUCUGGUUGUUGGACGAAUUGAUUACAGAGAUAAGGAAAAGAGGAGAGAGAAUGGCAAUUUGGAUUUACUUUGGCACGCAAGUGCCAAUUUAGAAAAUUCGGAAAUAUUUACAACAAUGUUCCCUGACCUCUACGUCUCCGAAUCCGGCUUUUGCUUCGACAUAAUUUGCUCCGACCGUAGCAUAAUCGACGACGAAGAAAGUCCCGAAUACAACUUGAAAGAAAAAGUUGAACAGUUUGCCCAAAAAAUGGACACUUAUGUAAACUACUACUCAACAUCAAACCUCCUCAUUCCGAUGGGUGGAGAUUUCCACUAUCAAGCAGCAGAAAUUAACUUUUCAAACUUAGAUAAGCUUAUCAAAGGAUUCAAAAACCACAAAAAAUACAACGUUUUCUAUUCAACUCCGUCGUGUUACAUCGAAGCCGUUAACAAAGAACUCAUCAAAAAUUCCAAAGAACUGAUUGAAAAAACAGAUGAUUUUUUUCCAUACGCUUCUGAUAAUCAUUCGUUCUGGACUGGGUAUUUCACCUCAAGACCCACAUCCAAAAGAUACGAACGGCAAGCAAACAACGUGCUACAAAGUGCCAAACAACUUGCUGCCUUUUCAAAAGUCAAUGGACAAAAUUUUGACCAACAUCUGGUCGCUUUAAGGGCAGCUGUUGGAGUGAUGCAACACCAUGAUGCUAUUACAGGAACUGAAAAACAAGCAGUGGCUAAUGACUACGCCCGAAUUUUGACCAAAGCCUUGCGAGAGCUGGAAGCCCCAGUUGGUAUUAUUAUUGGGAACCUAUUACAGAAAAACUCCCCAGUUAGUUUAAACCUGACGACUUGUCUUUUGGCCAACGUGAGCAUUUGUCAAGAGUCACAACAAGACAAGUUUUUGGUAGUGGUCCAAAAUCCUUUGUCUCGAAUUGUAACUCAUUACGUACGACUUCCUGUUGAUGGUAAAAGUUACAAAAUAAUAGGUCCAGAAGGUGAAGAAACGUAUGAUAUUUUUGAUACAAUCCACAGUUUUGAUUACGUGGAAGAAGACACAAAACCAAGCUCAAACGAAUUGGUUUUUGCGGCCAAAAACUUACCUCCCCUUGGUCUUAAACUCUAUUACGUCCAAAAACUUAACACUACUACAACUAGUUACAAACCUUUCAAAGAAGUUAAGUCAGAUGAUGCGUACUUUGGAACUGAGACUAAUGGUUUCACCAUUGACACUGAAACCGGCAAACUUGUGUCAAUAACAAUCAGAGGCAAUAACUUGGAGUUGACACAAAAUUUUUUCUACUAUACUGGUUUCAAGGGCAGCAAUGGAGGUAGUGAAAAUCGGGCCUCUGGGGCCUAUAUUUUUAGACCAACUCAGACCGAAGCCCUACCUUUCACCACACAACCAAUCACUUUUAAAAGUGCCAGAGGAAGUCUGGUUGACCAAGUUAUCCAAAUCUAUAAUUACGAAUUGACUCAAAUUAUCCGAGUGUAUAAAGGGGCAGAAGAUGCUUAUGUUGAAUUCGAUUGGCUUGUGGGACACCUCCAAAAUGUUGAGCAAAAAGGCAAAGAAGUGAUUACACGAUUCACAGUUGAUAAUUUCACCAACUCUGGUGUUUUCUAUACCGAUUCCAAUGGACGUGAGCAAAUCAAACGAGAAUUGAACACGCGGAACGAUUACGAGUACGAUUUUAUGGAAGAACCAGUAGCUAGUAACUAUUAUCCUGUAACGUCCAAAAUCGUCAUCAAAGAUGAAAACAGGAGUUUGGAAGUUGCGGUUUUAAACGACCGUGCUCAAGGUGGUUCCAGUCUGAGCGACGGAAGUAUCGAAUUGAUGGUUCAUCGGAGUUGUUCACGUGAUGAUUCUUUCGGAGUUGAAGAAGUUUUAAAUGAGAGACAAUACGGACUUGGGAUUUACGUGCGAGGUCAACAUUUUCUCACUUUUGGGACGACAGAAUUUGAUGUUGAAAAUGGUACUUCAACACCGGCUUUUGAACGUGAUUUGGCACAAAAAAAAUUACUAGCGCCUUGGAUACUAGUGGCUGAUGCUAGUGAUGAAAAACUUGAUACGUUGGAAAAAGUACAAAAUUUGUUGCACUUCCAGUUUGAGGGUCUUACAAGACAGUUGCCUAAUAAUGUGCACAUUUUGACUUUUGAGCCUUGGAGAGACGACACUUACAUAUUACGCUUGGAACACUUUUUAGAAAAGGACGAAGAUGCGAAAUUAUCGCAAGCUGUUACUAUUGAUUUGGAGGGACUCUUUGCCAGUUUCAAUAUCAGUGACAUCGUUGAAACAACUCUGGGUGCUAAUCAAUUGUUGGAUGACUACAAUAAUGAAGAAAAACUAAUUUGGAAUGGCAUUGUUCGCACGCCUUUAGCUAAAUUGGAUCCGGAUAAUCUCUUACAAAUUGAAUUGGGUCCGAUGCAAAUUAGAACUUUUAUUGUGAAAGUUGCAAAAAAAUAACCAAUUUUAUUGUAUUUGAAAGUUUUCGAAUAAAUGCAUUGUUUUUCCUAAA